AUGCGAAUGCAGCAUUACGCUGUUUUCUUACAAGCUUUCAACUUUAAUAUUAAAUAUCGGAAAUCAGAAGACCACGGUAAUGCGGACGGUUUUUCUAGGUUACCUAUAAACGAAACGCGUACAGGAGAGUAUGAUCCGAUAGAUGUGUAUCAAAUAGAUAAUUUGGAAACACUACCAGUAACAGCUAAGGAAAUAAUUGUAGAAAUGCGAAAGGAUAAAGAAUUAAGUAAAAUAAUUAAAGCCUUGAAACAGGGCAAAAGUCUGGUGCCCUUAGGUUUUCAGGAUAAUGAGUUUACUAUACAAAAUGAAAUACUUUUUAGGAAAGAUCGAGUGGUGAUUCCGAAGACCUUAAAAGAAAGAGUUCUUAAGGAAUUACAUGAAGGUCACUUUGGAAUAGUUAAAAUGAAAAAUUUAAGUCGAAGCUAUUGUUGGUGGUUAGGCAUAGAUAGAGACAUUGAAAUAUUAGUAAAAAACUGUAAAGCGUGCAAUACCUUUAGCAAUAAUCCUAAGAUUGUAAUUAAACAUCGUUGGGAACCGGCUACGGAACCGUUCCAGCGAGUACACAUCGAUUUUGCAGGACCCUUUAUGGGGUGUAAUUUCUUAGUUUUGGUGGAUGCACAUACCAAAUGGCCGGAGGUACAUUUAAUGAGGAAUAUUAGUACAAAAUCAACGGUAGAGAAAUGUCGCGAAAUUUUUACUACGUUUGGAUUACCGNAAACUUUAGUAACAGACAAUGGUCGUACAUUCAUUUCAAAGGAAUUUCAAACAUUUUUGAGGGAAAACGGUAUUUUCCAUAAAAAUACAGCCCCGUAUAAUCCGGCGACAAAUGGACUAGCGGAACGUUUUGUGCAGACAUUAAAGCAGGGAUUACGAAAAUUGAAUACUAUCGGACAAAAUGUUAAGUUAAACGUGCAGAAAAUAUUGUUCAAUUAUCGUUUAUCACCACAUCNGGAAACUGGUAAAUCACCAGCAGAGUUAAUGUUUGGAAGAAAACUCAACAGUAGACUGAACUUGCUUUUCCCAAGAAUCAAAGAAAAUAUAGAAAAUGAUGAAAUAAAGAAUAUGAAAAUCACACAAUUUGAGGUCGGAGAGAGUGUGGCGGUGCGCGAGUAUUUAGAUAAGAAUAUUAAAUGGCGUUUUGGUAAAAUUAUUGAGAAGUUGGGAAAAUUACACUAUAGAAUUAAGUUGAAUGAUGGAAAAGUUUGGAAAAGGCACGUUAACCAAAUGCGAGCGGUAGGAUCGGUAUUGACCGAGAAAACGUUAACUCAAAUGUUAGAUUAUGGCGAUCCGAAUAUGGAUGUUAAUGUUGAACCAAAUAUUUGCGGGGACGUACAUGCGCAGACGUCCACGGAUCCGGAGAGAGAGAGACUGUCAGAUGUUUCCCGUCAGCUUGCCGAGAAUGCGGGGGCUCGGAACACAUUGUUAGAGGAAGAGCAAGAGGGGGCGCCAGAUCGAGCGAUUUUCCCUGAAGCACCGAUUCCGGUUUUGAGCCGAGAACGAUCGACAAGAUUACGUAAGCCACCAGAGCGUUUUGGUGAAUAUUUAUCUUUUUGA